AUGUCGGGCGUUUCAACCGUCAAGGAAGCUGUCAAGGAGAGCCUGGUGGGCGUCGAGGAGCCUGCGCAGCUCUCGGCGCAAACCAAGGCUCGCUUCAACAGCCAUGCGAUCAAGGACCCUCAGACGGGCGAGUUGUACCUGGGGCCUGACCAGUUCAUCGACGCCAUUGCGCCCAAGGACGAGGACUAUCACAAGAUCAAGCGGGAACAGUACUCCAUCCUCUUUGGCGUCGCGGACAGCAAAGGCACCGGCCGAGUCUCGUUGACGGAUUGGAGCGUUUUCGAGAACCUCCUCAACAAGCCCGAUGCCGAGUACGAGAUCGCCUUUCGCUUGUUCGACGUCGACCGCGACGGAAUCGUCAAGUACGAAGACUUCAAGCGCCUCUACGAGCUCAACAAGGGCCCCGACAACAUCCCCUUUGACUGGGACUGCGAAUGGGCCAAGCUGUACACUGGCGGCAAGAAGAACCGACACCACCUCAACUAUGCGCAGUUUUCGCAGAUGCUGCGCGGCCUCCAGGGCGAGCGCAUUCGACAAGCCUUCCAGCGCUUCGACAAGGAUGGCGACGGUUACAUCAACCCCGAGGACUUUGAGCGAAUCAUUCGCGAGACGUCGAGGCACAAGCUGUCUGACCAUCUGCUCAACAACCUGCACACCUUGUGCAACAUCUCGGCUAGCAGCAAGGUCUCGUACGCCAACGUGCGGGCCUUCCAGAACAUGAUUAUGGAAAUGGAUCUGGUCGAGUUGAUCUUGCGCCGCGCCGUUUCCAAGACCAAGGACGGCAAGAUUACGAGGUCCGAGUUCAUGAACGAGGCCGCCGGCAUCACGCGCUUCUCGCUCUUCACCCCCAUGGAGGCCGACAUCCUCUUCCACUUUGCCAGCCUGGACGAGCCGUCCGGCCGCCUGGGUCUCCGCGACUUUGCCAAGGUCCUGGAUCCUUCAUGGCGCAACCCCAUGUACGACGUCCUGGACACGGCCAGCCAGACGGUCGGAAAGGCCGCCUCCACGGGUGGCGCCGUCUUGCGACAAGCCGCCGAGUCGGCGUACAACUUUGGCCUGGGCAGUUUGGCCGGCGCCUUUGGUGCCUUUAUGGUGUACCCCAUUGACCUUGUCAAGACGCGCCUGCAGAACCAGCGCGGAGCGCAGCCCGGACAGCGCCUCUACAAGAACUCUAUCGACUGCUUCCAGAAAGUAGUGCGCAACGAGGGCGUCCGCGGUCUGUACUCUGGCGUUCUGCCCCAGCUGGUGGGAGUCGCGCCGGAAAAGGCCAUCAAGCUGACCGUCAACGAUCUGGUGCGCGGCCGCUUGACUGACAAGCAAGGAAAGAUUCCCCUGUGGGCCGAGAUUGUCGCUGGUGGCACGGCCGGUGGUUGUCAAGUGGUGUUCACCAACCCUCUUGAGAUUGUCAAGAUUCGUCUCCAGAUCCAGGGCGAAGUCGCCAAGACUGUCGAGGGCACACCGAAGAGGUCCGCCAUGUGGAUCGUCCGCAACCUUGGUCUCGUGGGCCUGUACAAGGGCGCAUCGGCCUGUCUGCUGCGAGACGUGCCCUUUUCGGCCAUCUAUUUCCCCACGUACAGCCAUCUCAAGAAGGACUUCUUUGGCGAGUCGGCGACCAAGAAGCUCGGCGUCUUGCAGCUCCUGACUGCCGGUGCCAUUGCCGGUAUGCCUGCUGCCUACCUGACGACGCCGUGCGACGUCAUCAAGACCCGUCUCCAGGUCGAAGCUCGUAAGGGUGAGGCGACCUACAACGGACUGCGACACUGCGCCAAGACCAUCUGGAAGGAGGAGGGCUUCACGGCCUUCUUCAAGGGCGGCCCGGCUCGUAUCUUCCGAUCAUCGCCCCAGUUCGGUUUCACUCUUGCCGCGUACGAGGUCCUUCAGACCCUGCUGCCCAUGCCCGGAUCGGGACACAAGGAGAAGGUGCACGUCGGCAUGCCGGAUGCUCUGACUUCCCUGACGCACAAGAAAGACUCGAGCCACUUUGCCCGCAGCCGCAACGCGCUCAAGAUCAUCCUCGACCUCGACGAGGACUUUGGCAAGAUCAAGAUGCCCAACGAGAAGGGAUGGAAGUCGCUGCCUAGGAUGAUGGGCGGUGGUGGCCAAGCAGCAUGA